AUGAUGAAAUGCAUUACCACAAAAAAGAGCCUAGGGCGACUAAUGGGGCAUGUUUCUCGUCGGAGUACACUCCUUACCGCUCCCGCUACCUCUACAUCCACACAAAGGCGAGGAAUCAUGCUAAACAGUGAACUUCGAACGAGACUAGCAGAAGCCGAAGUUCAUCCUGUUGUGGUUAUAGGCGGUGGUCAUGCUGGUUGCGAGGCUGCAACUGGUUCCGCUCGCUCAGGAACACCUACUACACUCAUAACCCCAGACAUUUCAAAGAUAGGAACCGCUUCGUGCAAUCCUUCGAUGGGCGGAGUAGGCAAAGGGACCCUUCUUCGAGAAGUUGAUGCUUUGGAUGGAGUAGCUCUGAAAAUCACUGACAAGGCUGGAAUUCACUUCAAGAUCCUCAAUGCCUCAAAAGGGGCUGCUGUCCAUGGACCACGAGCUCAAAUCGACAGAAGCAUAUAUUUGAAAGAGAUGCAAAAAACCAUUCUCAACUACCCGAAUUUGACGGUCCUAGAAGCCGAGGUCAAAGAUAUCAUUAUUGAAGACGUAGAAACGAACUCCUCUGACUUCACAGGACGAAAAUAUGGAAGUAUAGUUGGCGUGGUGCUCGGAGACUCUAGGGUUCUCAGUUGCUCCAAAGUCGUUGUAACCACUGGCACUUUUUUGAGUGCAGAGAUCCACAUUGGACUUGAGUCUUUUCCCGCGGGCAGAAUGGGAGAAAAUGCCACUUUUGGUCUUUCGAAGACAUUUAAAGAGGCUGGCUUCAGAUUGGGAAGACUUAAGACUGGAACUCCUCCACGUUUAUCAUCCAGAACUAUUCGUUAUGAAGGUCUUUCCGAGCAAAAAUCAGACUACCCACCAGCUCCAAUGUCAUAUAUGAGCCUGAAGGUUGACCUUCAAGACCAGUUGGUUUCGUGCCACAUCACCUUCACCACAGCAGAAAUGCACAAGUUGAUAGCUGACAACCUUGACAAGUCCAUCCAUAUUAAAGAAACCGUCAAGGGACCCCGCUAUUGUCCCUCUAUAGAGUCGAAAAUCAUCAAGUUUCCUCAAAAAACGAGCCAUAUGGUAUGGUUGGAGCCGGAGGGAUUGGACACAGAUCUAGUCUAUCCGAAUGGUAUUUCUUGCACCAUGCCUCAUGAGCUCCAAGAAAAGUUGGUCAAGCUUAUGCCAGGCUGCGAAGACGUCAAAAUGGUUCAACCAGGGUAUGGUGUGGAGUAUGACUUUGUGGAUCCUCGAGAGUUGAGACAGACGUUGGAGACAAAACUUGUGGACGGGUUGUACCUCGCAGGUCAAAUCAAUGGAACCACAGGCUAUGAAGAAGCCGCGGCUCAGGGAUGUUUGGCAGGUAUAAAUGCCGGGCUUUCUCUUGCUGGUAAGCCGCCAUUGAUAGUUCAAAGGUCAGAUGGAUACCUUGGAGUUCUAGUAGACGAUUUGAUCACCAAAGGUGUUGAAGAACCCUAUAGGAUGUUCACAUCGAGAUCAGAGUUCAGGAUCUCCAUAAGAUCUGACAACGCAGACAAAAGGUUGACAGAAAAAGGGUAUCUUGCAGGUGUGGUUAGCGAAGAACGCUACAAACAUUACAAGAAUGAGAUGAACAAUUUUGACGCUAUAAAAAGUUUUUUGCAAUCGGUUUCUCUUUCGGGUGCGAGAUGGGCUCCUGCGUUGAAAGGCACAGAGCUGGAUGUGAACCGUACCGCUGUGGUUGACGGGUGGAAACUUCUUUCAUAUCGAGACGUUGAUCUUGAACUUCUCAUGAAAUCUUUACCUCAAAUUGUCGGAGACCUUCCACCAGUUUUUGAUUCUAUCAACCCACGGUUGCUCAAUCGCAUAGAUGUGGAGAGCACAUACGAGCCAUGGAUGAAGAAGGAAGAGGCUCAUUUAAGGGCAUACAAAGCAGACGAAAACUUACUUUUACCGAAAAACUUUGUCUACAAUAAUGAGGGCAACCUUAAAAUUUCCUACGAGGUGUGCCAUUUGUUGAACACAAUCCAACCAAAAACCAUUGGACAAGCAAGAAGAAUUCAGGGUGUAACACCAGCUGCAAUCUUUGAACUAUUCAAGCUUGUCAAGGGAAACCAAUCACAACUCGCACAGGAAUGGGAUCUGGCUACGUGA